ACGCGAGGUGCGGGGUUUGAAAGCGGGCUGUUCCACGCGCCGCGCAGCCGGAGGGGGGGAGCGUGUGUGACGGGAGCGAAUCGCGCGGGGCGGCCGAGCCCCGCCGGCGCUCUCCGCCCUCGAGAGCCGUCGCAGUGGGGCGGGGGGUCACUCUUCCCCACUCGUCGCGGCGGGGCGCCGGGAUCCGCCGGCGGGCGGACGGUUGUGGAGGUUUACCCCCCGUUUCCCUUCCCCCCCACGUCCGGCGCAGUGGGAGGCGCCCGGGAUUCCGCGUCACCCAUUGUUUACAAACCACCCCAGCGGGCCGGGCUCCAGCUUCAACCGCAGCCGCCGGAGCCGCGUGUGCUCGCGUGCGCGCGGGGCGGCGGCCCCGGUCCCGCGGCGCCGGCCGACCAUGCCGUGCCGCCCGGGCGAGCGCUUCCUGCUGCUGGAGCGCUCGGUCGCCGUGGGGCAGGCGGGCUCCAAGGAGGUGGACGCGCUGGUGGCCAAGCUGGGCGAGGUGCUGCAGCUGAGCGCGCAGCGGGCGCCGCCGCCGCCCCGCGGCCCCAAGCCGCCCGGCAGCGCCCGCGACCGCGCCGCCCCGUACUCGCCCCGCGGCGGGGGGGGCCUCCCGCAGACGCCGCUGCGGGCGCCCCGACAGCACGGAGAGGCGCCGCGGCACGACGGGAGCGGCCACCGGCGGGUCACCAAGCAGCUGUGCGGGCGCGGGUGGCUGCGGAGCGCGGCUCGCCGGAGGAAGCAGCAGCAGCCGCCGCCGGGACCGGGUGACGGGCUGGCGGACGACGACGACGAGGAGGAUCCGCACCGGCUCCUGCAGCAGCUCAUCCUCUCCGGGAACCUCAUCAAAGAAGCCGUGAGGCGGCUGCAGCUGGCGGCGAGCGGCGGCGAGGCGGCGGCGGCGGCGCCGGGGCAGCCCCCGCAGUAACCGGCGGGUCCCGCUCCGGGGGCGCCGCCGCCGGCCCAAGGUGACCCGAGCGCUGCCCCCGGGCUCCUCCCCGGCCGCUCCCCCCGUGCGGGGCCGCGCGGCUCCCAGGAGCCAUUUGCAAUAAUUCUCGCUGACCCUGGCGGGGGUGGGGGUGUUCCUCUCCCCUCACGGGCUGGUUUGGUUUUUCUCUUGUUUGGGGCUUUUUUUUUUUAUUAUUGUUAUUUUAACGUUUAUUAUUAUUUUUCUCGUUGUGACUGUAUGAAGCAGUUAAAAGAAAAAUGUGAAUAUCAAAGCUGGAAGGCAGCUGGACUUGUAAUUAUAAAGCGUGAAUGGAGCCCGAGACGCAUUGUUCACAUACGGUAGCUGAAACAAGUUUUUUCUACCAAAAAGAAAAAAUUCCCCUCGGAAUCCACCCUUUCCCUUCAAACUCAAUAGCUCAAAUACAAGAUGUGGCUGUUGAUUUUUAAAUAUAUGCACUUCGUACCGGAGUGUUUGAAAUGUGUUCCUGAUUUACAGGACUUACUGUCUUAAUUAACCUGUCUGUAUUGAAUAAACGUG